UUUUCUUGUCGAAUAGAAUUAUGUUAAUAUAUCUUUAACCACAAGAAAGGGUAUUUCUGUCCACUUCCUCUACUUGUUAACUAGCUUGACGUAAACAUAUUGGGAUAAUGGCUCAGUCUUCAACCUACAGUCACAUUCCUCUGAAUGAACAUCGGUCCCAGUCAUAUCCAACAACCGAAGUCCAGACAGAUGAACCUGAUAAUUCACCAACAUAUCACGAAGAAGAUGGCGACAAACAACCGUCACAUACUUUACUGGAAAAUCAACAGUUUACCAAACCUGAAUCUUCUUCUGUCUACAACAUAGUUACAUCAAUGGUAAAUCCUGAAGUAGAUACACCACCUCAAUAUACAUCAGUUGACCCUAUGUGUGUUGUAACAGAUAUUUCGCCAACAUACAAUAGCGUUCCAGUAAAUGUAGAUCAACCAACGUCAUCAACUUCUAUCGAUCCAUGUGUAUCUGAGAAUCAAACUGUAAAGAUUUCUACCGCCAAAAGACAGUGGAUAGAUGAAAAUCCACCAGACAAUUCCGAUUACCUUUGCUUAGCCAUUUUUGUAUGUUGCUGUUGUUGCUGGCCGUUUGGUUUGAUUGCCAUCUAUAUGGCCAACAAAGGAUCCAAAGCGAGAGCACGUCGUGAUUAUCAUACAGCAAGAAGAUAUAAUAAGAUGGCUUAUACUUGGAUAAGACUAGCAGUUUGCUUUGGAAUUUUUUCCAUCAUCUGUUCACUAAUCAUACCUGCCAUUUUUUUUUUGCGUCUGAUAUACUAUGGAGAAGUGUUUGGUGAUUUUUCGAGAUACAAAGCUACCAAUAGUUCAGUCUUUGUCUGACUAAGCUACUUUGCUGAAUUAAUCAAACGUCCGAAUAUACUUACACCUACAGUCUAGCAAAGAUUAUAUUUUAUGUCAGCCCAGUAGUCAAUUUUUCAGAACUGACAUGAUUUACCAAAAAAAAAUACUAAAACUGUCUGUUUAUGAAUUUAGAAGUUAUUAAGAAACUUAGAUUUCAACUCCCUCAAGCCAAGUUGACCUUAGGGUAUUUGGCUUUCAAUUGAAGUUCCAUUUUUUUCCGAAGAAGAGAUCGUAGUUGACACCGUUUCAACAACGCCUGUAUUGAAAGUUGCACCUUAACAUUACAACGUUUUCACUACGAAUUUGAUUCCUAAAAAUAUCAAAUUAUUCAGGAAACCUUCUAUAUUUUAUUUAAUGUCUGUAUAUCGUAGAUGUGUUAAGAAAAAGUGAAAUAACAAAAAUACCGACCUCCAAGAAAAAUUCAAAACGGAAAGUCCCAUAACAAAUAACAUUAUUUUAACAAGUCCUGAUUCCUUGAUUAUAACAGAAGCACGAAGGUAGUCACAUGCGGAGCAGGCUUUGCUACUUUCUUGGAGCACCUGAGAUUACCGCCGGGUUUUUUUUUGGGGUACGUGUUGUUCAGUAUUUGAUUUGGUGAAGUGUUGUUGUCUGUUUUUUUUUUAGUUAACGAAUUUAUUAUAACCAAUGAGUAACAUGACUGUGAAGAUUGUUCUCAAUCUUUAUCACAACUAUAGUUUUAAGAUAUUCAAUGUAUGCAAAAUACGUUUGCAAGUAUUUUCUUACGAAAUGAUAACUAAAUUAUCUUCAGGAAGUCGAAGUAAUAUUAUCAUUAAAUCAAUACAAUUAAUAUGUUUCAACGGUAUAUAUGUAUGUGUGUCAAAGUAUUAACCUAUAUUCUCUGAUGCUCAGUUCGAGGUUGUUUUGUCAGUUCGAAAUCCCCUUUUAUAUGACCUAGCACACUUAUCCUUACAUGUAAGAAAAUAGGUCGCUAACGUUUAAGAUUAUUCAUGUGUAUUAAAGUUAGCGAGUACAUAAAUAUUGGAUUAUAUAGAAAUAAAAUUGAGAAUGGAAACGGGGAAUAUGUCAAAGAGACAACAACCCGAUCAAAGAGAAGAAAACAGGUAUAUAUCUAAAUUCAAUAAGACAAACAUAUCCGUUCACUAAUUGUUGAAGUUGAAAGCAAUAAAAAUUUGCAAAGGUCAAGGUAAUUGUAAAAAUACGGAAAUUAUUUUUGUUUCGUCACUUAAAUAUUAAAAAUUCAAUUCAAUUAUUACGAACUUUAACGUAGAAGAUUCAUGCAAAAAAGUAUAAAACUAUAGAAUGUGUUUAGAAUCUGUCUUUCUGUGUUCAAUUAAAUACAUCGAUGUAUGUUAAAAUUUCCCGAAGCAUAAAUGUUUACCAUUAUAUAUCUGCCUACGAAUCGCGCGGUGUAGAACACUAAAUAUAAAAAUAAGAAAAUGUUGUAUGUUUUACAUAAAAUUUAAAUUUAAAUAUAUAAUGGCACACGUAUAUAUCAUUUGUUUGCUUUUCAUUUUCUGAUAUUUCAAGAUAUAAUUUGGUUGAAAUGCACUAGCCAUUAUCAAUUUCGGGAUGCCAGCUCUGUUUUUGAUAUCAUUUAAACCGAAAGUUAUCUAAAUAUUUCUCGAAUUACCAGACACGCAGAAACGAAAGACCUGCUAUUUCUAGAAGCAAAACGAAUUCCUAUGACAAAUUAAAGGUGUGAAUUUCCAUACAAUUAUAACAAUUAGAAUAACCGGAAAACGACGUUCAAAACCUUAAUGGCAUAUAUAAAAUCAAUUGUAUUUAGUUAUUGCAUCCUGUAUGUAAAUAAUAUUAUAUCCUUCCACUUUUGAUAGUUUAAUUAUAUGAUAUCAAAAUAACUCAACAAGCAUCAUGAUUUAUAUGUAGCCGACUUCAUGUCUGUGUGAAAUACAACAAUCAUAUAUGUAGAUGACAUGUUUUUGACAAAAAAUGACGAGUAGGAAAAGUCCAUGCACAGAAUGAUUUAAAGAAUGGUAGCAUAUAAAUGGUAUAUUAGACAAUGUAGUUGAGAAAUAUAUUGUUUAUAUUGCAGUAUUGAACGUGGAUGAUGUAAAACGACGAUAUUUUACUUUAAUGAAAUCUUUGAAAUGAAAAACCUUUAGUUCCAAAUUUAAUGUAUACUCAUGUUAAUAAUUCUAUUGGAGAAAUGACGAAUUUUAACAUAUAAAUAAUAUUGGACUCGUUUAGGUUUCUAUUGUGUGUCGUCAGUACAAUGGUCUUCGUGAAACCAAUGGUUCCUUUUAACUUAAAGUUACAUGAAACGAGUGACUGGUGAAAAAUAAUGUUAAUCAAAUUCUUGAACCAAUGCAUGCAUAUAUCAUAAACUUAGUCUUCUGUGCACGAUUUUAUCAUUUUUUACGCAUCCAUAUCGUAUAAUCGUCAAAAAAAUAUUUCACUCGUCUGUUUGGAUGUGAAAAUAUGGCAGCUAAUUAAUUGUGUUUUGAAGCCGAAGUUUACCGAUAGUCAUCUUAGUAAACAAUCACUAAAGGAGCAUGGAUAUUGAGGUAACCACUUGUAUAACAUAAAUUUGUGCAAUAUCUUCUUUUGUUCACAUAAUGCUUCUUUGCAAUAUUAUCCUUCAUCAUAACUACUAUAUAGAUAUAAGAAGAUGUGGUAUGAGUGCCAAUGAGACAACUCUCCAUCCAAGUCAAAAUUUAUAAAAGUAAACCAUUAUAGGUCACAGUACGGUCUUCAACACGAAGCCUUGGCUAUCACCGAACAGUAAGCUAUAAAGGGCCCCAAAAAAUUACUAGUGUAAAACCAUUCAAACGGGAAAACCAACGGUCUAAUCUAUAUAAAAAACGAGAAUACAUUUAACGGGCAAAUGAUGCGAGAGCACAUGAACAUUUCGAAGAAGCCAGAAAGAAAAAUUGGCUGGCACUAUUCCCUCAGUUAUUUUCGAAAUUGCUGGUGUUAUUAUCGUUUCUCUUUUAUAAUCAUAGCAAUAACCGAUAUUGGUGUCAAUAAUUCAUGUUAAUAUCAACUUUUAAAUGUUUCUUUACAUAGUAAAAAUAAGUAUUCCACUAUAUUCUGCAAUAUAAAUCAUUUUAAUUUGUAUUGCUAUACUGAAUUGUAUCUUACAAUCAGAUGAAGAAAUAGCUCGGUGAAAUUAAGAAGAAGUUUGACAGAAUAGUCGUUUGGCUGAUAUUUGUUUCAGUUGUUUUCAUUAUAGGUGUUUUUAUUACAGUACUUUUAUAUUAAAAUCAUUAACAUGCAUUGUUGUCACUAAAAAAUAUUUCAUGCUUA